UGCCGUUAUGGGGGAACAUGCUGGCGAAUCCAGUAAAUUAUAUGUAUCUCGAUGGUUCUGUGUGUCAAUCCUUCCAAUGACGUCACAGCAAGGCCUUUGCGGGAGGAUACGUUCUGAUACGUUCAUAGUAUAGGUUAUGUUAACCUCAGCAAAAAUAUGUUUUGCUAAAAAAUUUAAUGAAAUCAAUACCAAAGAUAACAAAUCUCAUUUUAAACGAAAACUAGUCAUUAAAUUUGUAAGAAAUACAUUAAAACUGUAUAAAAAUGGCGAAUUCAGAUAUUCCAAUAAUUGAAAUAAUCAUCUUAUUGAUAUUAUUAGUAAUAACCAGAGUAAUGUAUGUAAUUCAUAAAGUAACAACAGGACAUACGAAAUUAACAGAUAAAAAAAGAACACAUCCAGCUAAAACAAUAAUAUGUAUGGGUUCUGGUGGACAUACAACAGAAAUGUUACUUUUAAUUCAAGGAUUAGACUUUAAAAAAUAUACACCCAGAUCUUACAUUAUUGCAAAAACCGAUACAACUACUUAUAAGAAAAUCAAACAUUUUGAAAGUACCUUUAAUGAAGGUAGUUAUACAAUUUAUAAGGUACCCCGAAGUAGGGAAGUUCAUCAAUCAUAUAUAACAUCAAUAUUUUCUACUUUAUAUUCUAUAUUGUAUUGUAUUCCAUUAAUUUUAAAAAUACGCCCUGAUGUAGUACUUUGUAAUGGACCAGGAACAUGCAUUCCUAUUUGUGGUUUAGUUUUUCUAUUAAAAGUAGCCUUUUUAAGUCAAUGUAGAAUUGUAUUUGUUGAAAGUUUUUGUCGAACCGAAACAUUCUCAUUAACUGGAAAAAUACUUAUGUACUUUGCUGAUAAUAUAGUUGUUCAAUGGCCCAAAUUGCAACAAAAAUUAAAAAGAUCUGAUUAUAUUGGACAAUUAAUGUAAUAAAUAUUACUAAAUAUAA